CUAAGCAGUCGAGAUAAGCCUGGACAGUUGUACGCCUUUGUGACAAUACGGUGAAGAUGAACUUUCCUUGUUUCGCUUUCCCCUUGGCGUUGCUUGUAUCAGUUCAGCUCAACACUUUUACAUGGGCUGCAAUGAAUGUGACAAAAACCUCAGAUUAUGAUGAGCAAGGAAAACACCUGGGUGAACAACCAGUACGUCGCAUGUUACCAGCAUGCAAUCUUAACACAUUCUCAUUGCGUGGUGGUAAACCAACCUUUCCAGAGAAGCUAGGUGUCACCCGUCCCCUCUGCCAAGACAAAUAUUACGCCACUCUCCACGAUAAUAAUUUGGGAAUUGCACGUUACGCACUCUACAAGAUUACCGCCGAAGACGCCAUGAAACCAAAAGUACCAAGACCUCUAAAUGAUCCAUGGGAACCGAAUCAGACGCCAGGGAUUCUUCAAGGAAGCAAAAAAUUGUUCGAGAACCAACCUUUCCAGGGUAGAUACCAGAAAGGCCACCUAGUUCCUGUUAAAAUCUCGCGUUACAGCCUUGAAAGUGUCCUUGCCACAUUCACCUACACCAACUGCGUGCCGCAAAUUGCAGAUUUCAACGGAGGUCAGUGGAAAAGGUACGAACUGAGAAUAGAGAAAUACGCCCGGAAAAAUUGUUCUCAGGAAGGCGGAACCCUUUUCCUAAUCACUGGCACAUCGAAGGUUAAGUUUCUCCAGAAACAUGAUCGUCAUGGUAAAAUAAUAGCAGCCAAAGGGAUGGAACAUCUGCAGUGGUUCCAUAACAACGUGGAUGUAAACAAGAAUCUCGGACCAAAGAUCGCAAUUCCAAACUCAAUGUGGACGGUGGGCUGUUGCUUGAACUUGAAUACCAAUCAAGUCGUGGGAGCGUUUGGUGUAAUGGGUGAUAAUUCUUUAGACAAAAAGCCCUUAAAUGAAUUUAUGAUGUCCCAACAAAACGUCGCAUAUGUUGAAAGCGCCCUUAAGUUAGAGUAUCCAAAUAUUAAGUUGUUUCCUAACGGCAACGAUUGCUAUGAGCCAGAAAAAAACGUUCGAUUGAUUAAGGUAUGAUUUUAUUAUGUCCUAGUAACUAUCCUAGUUACUUGUUUUUUUCGGGCUGUACUGUUAGUUGCGAACUCGGUUAGAAAGAGGUGUUUAGAGCUUGUAUUUUCAUCCUUUAUGUUCAAAAUAUGCAUGCUACUUUAUCUGCAAAACAAUGUAUACUG